AUGUCUGCCCCGGCGGAUCAUGACACAAUCCACAUCGUAGACAACGGGGAUAACCGUACGAUAGAGAACGAAGCGGAGUCAAACGACCCCCGUCCGCGGAAAAGACGGAAAUACAUCGCAAAGGCAUGUAACGAGUGCAAGCGUCGAAAAAUCAAGUGUAAUGGAGAGACACCAUGCCAAAGAUGUGGAAGGCAGCGGAUUGGAUGUGUGUACGCCGAAGCACAGCGACAAGAAAUUAGCGGAAAUGAGAACGGGUUCGAUCAAUUGUGCGAGCAGAUGAAAGCCAUGCAGGAACAGAUUACGGCUUUGACGGCUGCCGUUCAUACUCUGACUCAAGGUGCGGGUGUUCCGGCGUCAUUAUCGCGACCGGACCAGACCUGUUCAUCUAUUUCCUCGCAGAGACCGUUUCGGCGUGUUUCAUCGGCGCGGGAGUUGACCUUUCAAGGUCCUACGACAUCUGCGUUUAGUUUUGACCUUGCGAAAUCGAGUCUUCAGCGGCGCGGGAUCGUCGAGCGCAAUGAUGCUGGUGAGGAUGGGGAUCUGACCCAGGAACCGUCGCCUAUGCCAUCACCGCCCUCGCCGACUCAAGUGCCGCAUACGCGACGGGGUGAUCCGCUGUGGUCUAUUGGAAAAGAUGAAGCUCUUCGAUUGUGUAGGGUAUAUGAGGAGGAGAUGGGGAUUAUGUACCCUGUCUUGGACCUGCAGCAGCUCCUCAACCAGGUCGAGAUCCUUUAUGGUCAGGUGGGAACAGAAGCCUGGUCGGAAGCUUCUGUACAGCAUCAUGGUAACACGAAGCUGGAUAAUUACGACGUCCACAUUCUCAGAUUGGUUCUUGCGUGCGCAAUAACGGCCGAGGCAAGCGGAAACAGCGAUCUCGCAAUGAGGUUGUUUGAGGAUGUACAGGAGGUGGCAGACAAUUGUGUAUGGGGGCCACCGGACAUUAGAGGUAUCAUGUUCCUGACGUUGGUGUCGAUUUUCUAUUUUCAAAUGGAUGAGGAAGCGCUUGCCUGGAGGACAAUCGGCAUCGUGGAACGUAUGUGUCUGGAGAAAGGUCUUCACCGACGGGAAACAUUGCAACAACCGGCUAUCCUAGCUGAAGGGAGGGAGCGUAUUCUACGACUAUUCUGGUCCAUAUAUGUUCUGGAUAUGCGCUGGAGCUUCGGGACAGGCAUGCCAUUCGCCUUAGAGGACACAGAUAUUGACCCGUGGCUUCCGGAGCCCGAGGAAAAGACCCCCUACUUGCGGGUGAUGAUUCGGUAUAGUCGCAUUGCGGCGAAGGUCUGGAAGUUUAUAUCAGCUUUCAACAACACUAAUGAGAUCAAGAAGGACGAGAUGAACUAUCUAGACUGGCAGGUCCUGCGAUGGGCUGCGGCAAUACCUGAAUCGUUGCGUCUUGACCAGCCAUUCGAUCAGGCGCAACAAGAUCCUCGGAGUAUCCGUCGGCUACGAUCUUUACUUUACCUACGCGCCAAUCAGCUGCGGAUGCUGAUCUAUCGACCGGUACUACACUCCGCGGCUCAUAUAAUGCGUUAUCCCGCAGAAUCGCAAAUAGUCGUUGACCUUGCCAAAGACACUAUCCAGUUCAUCACGAAACUCAACGAAACGUCAGAUAUAUACCGCCUCCAGCAGGUCACAUUCAACUGGUUUCUCGUGUCAGCCCUUGCCGUUCUGUUCCUCGCCGUAUCGCAGACACCCGCUCAAUUCAGUGCUCACUCUAAAGUGGAGUUCUACAUGGCCUUGGAGUUAGUCAAAGGCUUCUCGCCGCGAUCAUAUGUGUCCCGGCGGUUGUGGAAGUCAAUCAAGGGCCUUCGAAAACUGGGACCUCAACUUGGGCUGCAAACCCACCAACAGCCCGAAGAGACAGCUCGGUCCGCAAUCGAGCCAGCCGCUGGUAGUGCAAUGAUAGACACAAUGGAGCAGGUGCCGGCACCUAGUACGAAUAGUCAUACAACACCGGACGGAGCCCAGAUGACACGGGAGCUGAUGGAAUGGUUCGAAGCAGUGGGCAACAUUGAAGACCAGAUCAUGUCAGUGGGGACGGGUAUGCAGACGUAUGAGGAACCGUGGCAGUAUGGGGCUCGCAUGGGGAAUGGCUACACAUUUGACUUUGGAGGUGAGCUGUCGAGCUUGAUGAAGGAUUGCUUUUGA